AUGGCGGAGCUGCUGGCGUCGCCUGGUCGGCAGCGCGACGGGCAUUUCAGUCUGCGCAGCCGGAUACAGGAGCUGUGGCAGCAGCGGGAGGACGAGGAGGAGAAGAAGCGCCACGAGACUGCGGACGGCGGAGCUAAGGAUGCGGCGGGGAAAGCGGUGGCGGGAGAGAGCGGCGACACGGAGCAGGCAGCGCUCAAUUGGGCGUUUGAGAAGCUGCCCGUCUGUUGGCUUGUCUGUUUGCUGUUCAAUAUUUUUCCGUCUCACUUUCCUCCCUCCUGCUUGCUCCCCCACUUUUCUCCCUUCCCUCCUUCCCCGUCUUCCCUCCUUUCCCCCCUUUCCCCCACUUCCCUCUCUUCCCCCCCCUUCCCCCACUUCCCCCCUUCCCCCCUUCCCCCCGCCCCGCUCCUUUUCUCCCACCCGCCUCGCUUCUCCGCUUUCCUUUCCCGCUCGGCUGCCACGUGGCGGCGCGCAGUGAUCGAGGUGGCGUCGGACGCGAGCGUGGCGGACGCGAUUCACCUGCUGUCGCGGCACGGCAUUCUCUCGGCGCCCGUGCGCAACGUGGACGCGCCCGCCGACAGCAGCUGGAUCGACCGCUACCUGGGCCUGCUCGACUUCGCGGGCAUCGUUCUCUGGGUGCUCGGCCGACUUUUUCUUUCCAACCUCCCAUUCCGUUUUUUCUUUCCUGGUUUCCAUUUCCAUCCACCUCUCGUUUCUCCUUUCCUCUUCUCAUCCUUCUCUCCCUUCCCCAUUCCAGUGCUCCUUUUUCCGCAUAUAUUAUCUCCUCAUAUCCCUACUCGGCUUUCCCGUGCGUUCCCUCGCCUUCCUUCGUCCUUCCCCUUAACAUCCCCUACCUUGUCCCCCCCACCCUUUCCCCUCCCUUGUCAUCCCCCCUUUCCACCUCCUUCGUCUUUUUCCCCCUCUUCUCCCCCCUCCGUGUCGCCCCCUCCCCAGGCGUCCCAGAUGAAAGCCCGCGCGAGAACAGAGAAGGGGACGGGGAGGGGCGACGAGGCAGGGGGGAGCAGCACAGCAGAAGAAACGGAAGAAAAGGAAGGGGAGGGCGGGGGGGGAGGAGCAAGGGGUGCGGCGGCUGUGACGGCGGAGGCAGUGGCGGUGGCGGCAGCAGUGGGCAGCGGCAUUGGAGAGAGGGGGCUUCCCCCUGCUGGCAGCUUGGGCGGAGAUUUCUUCUCGCUGCUGCUCAAAGCAGACGAGUUUCAGAACACCAAGGUCUCAGACGUGGCAGGCUCCUUCCGGUGGGCGCCGUUCCUGCCAGUGACCCCCGAUGACUCCCUCCUGACUCUCCUCCUGCUGGUGUCCAAGUACCGCGUGCGAUCGGUCCCAGUCGUGGAGGCGGGGCAGCCGGCGGUGCUGAACCUGGUGACGCAGAGCAGCGUGGUGGAGGUGCUCGCUGACUGCCACGGCCUGCCCUGGUUUGAUCGGCUCGCGGAUCGGCCUAUUUGCGAGCUCGGGCUGCCCACGCUGCCCGGAGAUAAAGUGGUCGUGCUUCACCUUCCAACCCUUUCCACUCUUCCUCCUUCCCUUCGCUCAUCUUCCCCCCCCCCCCCAAUCCCCCCCGCCGUCCCCACACCGUCCUCCCUCCCCUCUUCUUCCUCUCAUCAGGUGGAGGACGAUGCACCGGUGUUGGAGCCGUUUAGGCGCAUGCUAGCGGCGGGCGUGGGGGGUGUGCCGGUGGUGGCGAAGGGCACGCGGCAGGUGGUGGGCAGCAUCAGCGUGCGAGACAUCCAGCUGCUGCUCGUCGCCCCCCAGCUCUUCCACGACUGCAGGUCAUGCUCGCUCGCGGGAUGGGAAGGGGGGUGGGGAGCCCCUCACCUUGCACCAUUUCAUGGGGAUCCCUGGGUCACUGCCGAGACACCUCACAGCAUCUCCUUCCUACUCCUCUCUCCCCACUGUCUAUCCUCCUGUCUCCCCUCCUGUCUCCCCUCCUGUUUCUCCCCCUGUCUCCCUUUCCUCAUCCCUUUCCUGUUGGCACGCUCCCCCUCCCUCUCCUCCAGGUCGCUGACAGUGGCGCAGUUUCUCGAGAUAGCCAAGGGGCGCGGCUCCUCCACAGGGUUCAUCUCCCCGCUUUUGAUCCCCGCUACGGCACCUGACUCCGCUUCCCUCGUCCCCCCCCUGCCUGCCCCCUGUCGUCCCCCUAACCUGUCUCCCUCUCCCAGGUCGCUGACAGUGGCGCAGUUUCUCGAGAUAGCCAAGGGACGCGGCUCCUCCACCGGGCUCAUCUCCCCAGCAGCCAUCCCCCCGACUCGCUGCCGCGCCAACACGCCCCUGCGCCGCGUCAUGCAUGCGCUGCAGGCAGCGCGCGUGCACCGCGUGUAUGUGACAGACGAGGUGGGCGAGCUACAGGGCGUGGUGACGCUGAGGGAUAUCAUCGGCAGGUUUGUGGUCGAGCCUCCGGACUACUUUGGGGAUUUCUUCGGCGGGGUGGUGCCGGAUGUGCACCCCACGGCGUCUGCUCCCAUGUGGCUGCAUGCGGACUGGGACAUUGGGGGCGGGUGGUGA